AUGGCGUCGGUCGUGCGAUCAACAGCCCUCCGUGCAGGCGGCGCCUGCGUGCGCUGCCGGAAGGGCAAGACCAAAUGCGUCUACGAAAACGGCAGAGCUCCGUGCAAAAACUGCGCAAAGGGCAUGCAUGAGUGCUAUUUGCCUUCCGAGUCGAUGAGCCAUGGAGGCCAUGGAGUGUCGCCUGCGCGAGUCCAGCAGCGAGCCCGCGAGUCUCUGCCCAGCGAACGAGCCGUCUCAAGCACGUCUGGGGAACGCCAGGCACCGCCCGCCUCAGGUGUGUCGCGUCAUGUCUCGAGCACCACCGAAAAUCCGGCUAACCAGAUAUGGAUGCACAGGCUCACACCAGAGUUGAUGCAAGAAUGCGAGCGAGUCAUCUCCAAGACUUUGCCAGCAUGUGUGGCCUUCCACAAGCCCUCCUUCCUCCAGCAGCUGAAGAACACAUCCAUGGAUCCGACCAUGGUCAAUGCGCUGCUGACCACCGCUGCCCGGCACUCCCCAGCCAUGAUUCGCCGGUAUGGCGGCCACGGGGGCGGAUCUACCGCCGCCGAACAUUUCGCCAGCAAGACCAUCGGCCUCAUCAUGCAGGCUUUGGACCAACCGAGCUUGGCUGACAUCCAGGCCCUGUGCCUGCUUGUCAUUCAUGAAUGGGGCUGCCGCAACGCUGUGCGUGCCUAUAUCUAUCUCGGCCAAGCAGCUCGCAUGGCCCAGAUGUACCGUGUUGUACACACACACCAUCACCAGCCCGAUCCGGAUCAGUUCCUUCAAGAUGAGUCCUUUCGGCGGACCCUCUGGCUGAUCUAUAUUCUCGACUGCUUCCUGACCAGCAGCCCCGGCCGCCACCCGGCCCUCUCUUCCCACGAUGUCAAGGAUGUAUCUCUGCCAUGUCUCGACAUGAACUAUAACUUCGGCAGUCCCGUCUUUGUCCGCACUCUGAAUGGGACCGCGCCCUCGAUUAUGGCCGACCCUGCGGGCCCUCUUGGUGAGGUCGGCGAAUUCGGUCAUAUAGUGUUGGCGACCAAGGCCUGGCGCAACGUCGUCGAGAUGAUGACGACCACGACGCUCGAUACUUUCUCGGAAGAGCAGUGCCUUGCGCUUGAACAUGACAUUGACGCGCUACGGCAAUCACUGCCGCUGCAUUUUGCAGACAAAGCGGGCCAGAUCAACCUUCACAUCACGAUGGGCAGCGGUUACACAUAUGCCAUGAUCCACUCGCUGCUCAACUGUGGCACGAUUUUCGUGAACCGCCGCCGCAUCCUGCAAGUCGUGGCGGACGAAAACUUCACCCUCGAGGCAUGGCGCAUGUCGUCACACGCUCACGUGCAGGCUGUGGACCGCAUCUUCGCCGCGUCGCACAGCAUCAUCCACUCACUCCUCGCCCUUGAGAACGGCGCCGACAAAGAUAGCAUUCUCUGCUUCCCGAUCUUCAUGCUCUUCUCGGCGUUCACGGCCGGCUCCACUGUUGCAUAUCUUACCCUCAAGGGCCUGGCACCGCCCGACGUCACAGAGUCGGCCUCGAACAUAGUACGUGACAGCCUGCGACUGUGCCAAGAGGGCGCCGAGUCGUGGCCCCUCGUGAUCCCCUGGCAGCGCCACCUGUCCGUUAUGUCCAAGGUUUUGCGCGAGGUCAACACGGCGCCUCGCGACCAUCGCGACUCCCGCGAGGACCUUAGGUCCAACCACCGCGUUUCCCCUUCGGUCAAGGACGAUAUCCUCAGCCAGGCAGACACCAAUCCCGACGCCAUGGACUACGAUCAAUCAGCGGGCCCAGGAACCCAGGCGCUACAUUCUAGUGUUGAAGGCCGGGACAGCGAGCCUCCCGUCCCAAGACGGCCUGGUAUUACGACCAUCAACGGUGGCUCUGCUGGCGCGUCAACGCCGGCAACCACUAGCCCUCCCCCGCCAUAUGUUGCCAAGGCAGAUUCCCCCGGCGCGGCGUCGUCGACGUCGGUGGGCGGCGGCGUCCCGCAGGCCGCCCAGCCACCUCCGGACGUCGACAUGACGGCGAUUGAACUCUGCGCGGCCUUUGAGCGGCAGCUGCUCGAGCUUGAUGACCUGGCUGCUCUCAUGGGAGGUGGAGUGUGA